GACAUUACGUCCACUACCCCGCCCACUAGCCCGCUGAGAAAUUAAUUGGUUUGCUCAUAUAGCCACCUGCUGAUUGCCAACGUUUGAUACAACAUCGCCACUCGCAACCGUAGGAGCCAUUCAGUCAGUCAAGUUUCGUUGACAUUGAAUCGAGAAAAUGAGUGCGCGGCGCACUGUGAUUAUUUUCAAAUCCGAAUCGGAGAGUAGUGACCGGUACGCGGAGGAAUUGCACUCCAACGGCUUCAAUCCAAUAUUCGUGCCCACACUCAGUUUCGGCUUCAAGAAUUUGGAACAGCUGCGAGCUAAACUACAAACACCAGACCGUUUCGCGGGUAUCAUCUUCACCAGUCCACGUUGCGUCGAAGCGGUUUGCGAGGCACUGCAGUUAUCAGAACUGCAUAGUGGUUGGAAGUUGUUGCAUAAUUAUGCAGUUGGCGAGGUCACACACAAUUUGGCUUUAUCGUCACUGCAACAACUCUUCACGCACGGCAAGCAAACAGGUAAUGCACGCAAUCUAGGCGAUUACAUAGUGGACACAUUCGACGGUUCGCGCGAUCUGCCGCUGCUGCUGCCCUGUGGCAAUCUACGCACCGAUUUACUACUCUCAAAGUUGGUGGAGAAUGGCUUUCAAGUGGACGCUUGUGAAGUGUACGAAACCGUCUGCCACCCAGCAUUGGCGGAGAAUAUGGAGAGUGCGUUAAAGGCGGAGAACAUAGAAUACUUUGCUUUUUUCUCACCGUCGGGUGUUAAUUGGGUGCACGAAUAUUGUAAGGCGCAUGACGUGGACAUGAGCAACUGGAAAUUGGUGGCCAUAGGACCGAGUACGCGCUUGGCUAUAGAGGAACGCGGUCUGCCGGUUUUUCAAACGGCCGAGCGACCAUCAGUGGAGUAUCUCAUAAAAGUGCUGUUGAAUCCCAGUGUAGGCAGACCGAAGCCGACUGGCGAAGUAAAACCGGAGGAGUAGCAAACAAGCAAUGAGGCCUUACCAAAUAUUUCAACUGUUCGUGAUCGGAUAUGUGCGGCUUCUAACGUACAUCCACAUCCAAGUGCAUGCGAAUGUGAGAGAACUAUUUUCAUUUCUAAAUAAUCAUUUGAAUCAUUACUUUGCAUUGUACUAUCAGUCACGGGAAUGUUGAAAUUCCCAUUUGUACUUGCAGUGACAACAUGUAAGUAUGUAUGUAUGUACAUAUGACAACUGAGUGAAACUUGCACUUUCGAUGAUAUUCGUAUUGGUCAUACAAUCGUAAGUUUAGGGAAAAGUUACUAAAUAAAAUUUUAUAUUUUUAAUUACUAUGUUCAAA